UUCUAUAGUUGGGCUGUGUUAACUGUAGCGACGUCUCUCUCCACUCUUUUCAAGCACCGCUCAGGUGAGCAGGGAUCUGCCGAUCGUUAAAAAAAAAAAUACACCAGACCAGGAAGGAAGCGAAUGAACUUGGUCUUAAGUGACAAAAUAUUUUAAAAUCUGUGUUAAUAUCACGGAGAAAACACAGCGCUUGCUCUUCAACAUAAUGCUAGUGUCUUGUGGGAGGGGUUAGUUUCAGCGACAGGUAACUCUGAUAAUCUGUACACCUGCACGAGAAAGACAGCUCGUGAGUCCGGUCCAGUUUCCGCCUGAGUCCUCCAUCAUGAAGUUUCCUGCACUGCUGUUGGCUUUUUUCUUGGUGUGUAGUCUGGGUAUCGCUGGCUACAUCCAUUCCAGACGUAAGCAGGAGACGCAACUGAGUAAACAGGCUUCAUUUCAAGAUAUUAAGUUCAGAGUGACCAGAGAUGUUCUGGGAGAAUACCAGGAUCAGCUGACCCAGUCCAACACACUGCUAAAAAAGACUAAAACAGAGGUGGACACACUAACCAAAGACCUGUCCGUAGACAAGACCUUUGUAGAGAAGAAAAAAAGUGACGUUGAUACAUGUAAAGGAGACAAGAAACGAUUAACAGAUGAAAUUGCUGCUGCAGAGUCAGAGAAGAAACAUAUCCAGAGUGAGUUUGUCAAGGAGAAGUCCCAUUGGGCAACGGAGGUUGAAUCUCUACAAAAACAACUGGAGCAGCUGAGCACACUUUGCAAGUACAUUGACAAGACCUCUGAGGAGGGAAAAAAACUGUGUAACAUAACCAAAGAGCCAGAGGCAAAGCCUAAGGAAUCACAAGCAGAAAAACCCAAGGCAGAGGAACUCAAUGCUGAACAACCGAAACCCGAGGAACCAAAAGCUGAACAGCCAAAAGCAGAUGUGCAGUGAAGAAAAACCAAGUGGAUGAGUAUGUGUGCGUUAGGAAAAUGGAGAACAAUACCACAUCAGCGUCCACUGGAGAAUUGUAUUCGACGAUUAACUAACCUGAACAUCUUGCUUGGGUUGAUCUCCAGCAUUCCACAGGCAGCACUGAAAUGAGACGCUUUGGGUUCAAGGUUUGCCUGACAACAUCACAUGUGGUCUGUCAUAAUGCUGCUGUGUUUUCUGACAAAUAAUUGUGUUUAUGAGGAAUAUGGGAUGAUGCAUGUGUUAAUCAAUUGUAAUUUGAUGUCAACUUUACCCACAAUUAAAUUAUGAAAAUUAUGAAAAA